CUUCCCCCUGCUUCCCAGAGACUCCUGAUGGGCCUCCAAGUUGCAGGUCUGGUCAGAGGAACAGAGUCGCCGGCCGCAGGGACGGCAUGGAGCGGAGACGACGGGGGUUCCCGCUGGCUCUCCUACUCUUCAUAGCGUCGGCGCCUACAGUGGGCGCGCAAUACGAAAAAUACAGCUUCCGCGGCUUUCCAGAAGCUGAGCUGAUGCCCCUGCAGAGCGCAUACGCCUAUGCUUUAGAGCAGUACGAGGGCGAGAACUGGAGGGAGAGCAUCCGCUAUUUGGAGGCGAGUUUGCGCCUUCACCGCCUGCUCCAAGACAGCGAGGCGCACUGCCAUAAGGAAUGCGCGGGGAGCGAGACGUUAGACACCGGCCCACUUUUUACAAAGCUUGCCAAGGGCGCGUGGGAUAGCCCGUCUCCUUCGGAGCUGCUUCUGAAAGGCGGUUCGCUCGCAGGGCUUGAAGGCAGCGCGGGAUGCGGCGUGAAUGCUUCGGAGAUCACGCCCGGAGAGGCUCUCCAGGACCAGGAGAUGGAAUACUUCGGGCUUGUCCUACAGCGCGCUUCCUGCCUGCGGAGAUGCAAGGGCAACCUUCCCGUCUUUCAGCUCACCUACCCGCCGACCGAGACUUUGCGAGACUUUCAGCGGCGCACUCCUUACCAGUAUCUUCACUACGCGCUUUUCAAGACAAAUAAAGUUGAGAAAGCUGUAUCAGCUGCCCACACAUUCCUACAGAAGAAUCCGAAGCAUGAAAUGACCCAAAAGUACCUCAAUUAUUACAAAACUAUGGUGGAUGUAGAUGAGUACCUUGUAGACUUGGAAGCACAACCAUAUGAGACGGUUUUUGUCAGAGCAGUGAAGCUUUACAAUAGUGGAGAUUUUAGGAGUAGCAUUGCUGACAUGGAGCAUGCACUGUCCAAAUACUAUGAAGCCUAUGAAAAUUGCCUAGCUGGCUGCGAGGGUAGCUAUGAGGUCUCUGAAUUUAAGGAUUUCUAUCCAGCUAUAGCAGAUCGUUUUGUAUUUGUCCUGCAAUGUAAAGUAGAUUGUGAAGUUGACCUGACCCCAAAUGUUGGUGGCUAUUUUGUGGAGAAAUUUGUGGCCACGAUGUAUCACUAUCUUCAGUUUGCAUAUUACAAAUUGAAUGAUAUUAAGAAUGCAGUACAGAGUGUAGCUAGCUACAUGCUCUUUGAUCCUGGAGAUGAAGUCAUGCAGCAAAAUCUGGUUUAUUAUCGUUUCUAUCGUGAACGUUGGCAUCUGGAAGAGGAGGACUUCAACCCACGACCAGAGGCCUUGCGUUAUCAUAACUGGACAUCCACACAGAAGAAGCUCUUGGAGUUUGCCAGGCAAUAUCUCCAGCCAGAUGAUGAGGGAGAGGUGGACGAAGGAGUUGACGGGGUAAAAAAAACUGCAUUGUCAUCUGAUGCUGAGUUUGAAAACAUUGGUGACUAUGAAGAGGGGUUUUUGUCUGAAUGGUGGCAGGAACCCAGAUCAAAAGGAGACAAAGGUGACGAAGAGAGACUUGAUGGAGCAAUAUGAUUCCCAUAAUAACUGCAGGUGAAGGGGAGCCAUUGUUGUUUUCUUGGACCUACCAAAGUAGACUUGGAACUGGCAAGAUGAAUUUUGACAACAUUCUAACAUGUUCUGUGCCUUUUGAACCUCACAAUAAUAUCUCCAAAGACUGGGAAAGUUCUACCAGCAGAACCUCUAUGCAGAAUAUUUAGAUCCUCUCCUGCAAAUGGAUUGAUAAAACAAGAACAGUUCUGAGCUAAACCAGGAAAUCUUCCCACUGGAACCUCAUUUCUAAAAAGUACUGUGAAUGGGCUUGGAAUAAAAAUAUCUCAACACAAAGGACAAAAAAGAAGCCAAUGCUGCAUUUAUUUCUUGUUUUAUAUAUUCUGCUUUGUGACCUCAUAUAUGUUGGGAACCAAAGUUCUUACCCAUCUAUGAAAGGUAGUGUGUGCAUAACUUGAUUUUCCAUAUUCAGUUUUAUUAAAUGCCUUAUUUGCCCAAAGGCAGGACAACUCCCCUCCCCAAUAAUUAACUUUUAAGUGUGUGUACAGCGGAAAAGUUAUAAUUUAUCUGCAGUGUCAUGGAUCCUUUAACUAUACUCAAUUUAGUGGGCUCCACACAGAAAAGGAUCAACAACAAUAUAGAUCCCUAGACCACACACACAAACAUUCACAUUAUUACUACUCAUCAUUAGUCCAUUCAUCAUCACUGCUACUCCUACUAUUCCAACUCCUACUCCUUGUGAGUUCUGCUAUUCCUACUCCUUGUGAAUAUUGCUAGACAGAACUGUCUUUCUAGCUGCUUUACUUUCUCACAUCAUCACAUGCCUACUUCCCUCUUCACUUUCCCACAUACCAUCAUCUGCACCCAAUGCCUCUCAGAACAGUUUUUAUAGCCAGUAUUUCUGUUCUGGCUGAUGAGAGGGCUUAAAGAGACAGGAUGAAAGUAGCAUAGAUGCUGGCCAUUUUCUGGGCAUCUUCCUCUCACAUGCAGAGAAGAGCCUUUUGUCUUAUUUGUAUGUGAGGUUUAUGGAUGAAUGAGAUUUCUCCCUUCAUAUAUAUGUAUUUGUUGACUUCUUGCUCUCUUGCAAAAGCAAUGGCAGUGUUAUCAUAGCUUUCUUUCUCCUGCUUUAUUGGCUCAUUUUGGGAAGGCAGGCUCUUCCUUCCUCUGAAGUUUUCAUCUUCUCUUUUUCUUUAUUUUCCCUUCCCAUCUUUCCAUCAUUUUCUAUUUUUCCUGUUACUGGAAAAAGGAAGGUGUAAAUGUGUGUGAAUGUAUUUAUGUGGUUCUGAAUACGAGAGUGGUUUGUGUGAAAAAAGAGAAUGGUCAUAAUAUGCACUAGGAAGUUAAUGUUAUAAUAUAUUAUUUUACUUUACUAAAGUACUUAGCAAAUUUAACUGAUAAUUUAUUUUGUAGUCACAGAAACUUUUGAUCUGUGUGUACACCCACAAGCUUUCACAUGCAGUUGUAUAGAUGGAGACUUUUGUGGCCAUGGAGUAAACCGUCCUAAAUUAAAUAUUAACUUCCUUUUAACUAAAUCAAGUUCAAACAAUCAGAUCUUAUCUCCGAAAUUAGGAGUCAGUAGAUUUUAUACUAGAAACCUGAAAAGUGAGCAUGCAGAAAUAUGGCUUGAUGAGGAGAGCUCUGUACUUUUAGAACUGGGGACAUGUUCAGCUAAUAAUUAGGUUUCAAGAUGAGUUGCUUUAAUGUCAUUUUUGUGCAUUUUUACUCCUGCCCUUCACUUAUCCAUAAAACUUUAUGUACGCCACUCAUCUCACAAAACUGGGCAAUAGUUCUUUGUACUAUUACAAUUGUUUUUUAUGAGGGUGAAAAUACAUGCAGGUCAGCUGCAAAUCUUCUAACAGAUCCCAGUCUUCCUUGUGUUCAACCUUGCCUUGGAGCUUUUAAAGAGUCAGACUCUAAAGAAGCUCAUGUUCUGACAUUUCCCCCUCCCCAUGUGUCUACUGAAAACCUGCAGUUAAUGGGCUAUCCUUUAACUUUUCUGAAAGCAAACUGUUUCAUCAAGAUGUUUUUUUACAUUCAAAGAGCUGCCUUUGUUUUUCAGUUAUUUAAACAUUUUACUUUGUACAUAUUUUUUAAAUUAGUUGUAGCUAUAUUUUAAUAAAAACCUC